AUGGAGACGAUCCCAGUCCUCGAUCUGCGGCUGCUCACCCAGGCGGAUAUCAACGCCCUCUCCUGCGCCUCCUCCUCCGGCGCCGGUGACAACCGGAGAUGCGACGACGUCGUGAUCCCAAAGAUCGACCGCUCUGUCUUCAACGAGAGUGCCGGAAGCCGCAAGCAGACCUAUUCUCGCCUCCGCCUUGCCCCUCGCAAGUCCCCUGAGUUUUGCCACUCUAGCUCCCCCUCGCCCUCCUCCGGUUCCGCCCGCGGCCGUCGCCGCGCCUGCGGCCCUCUCGUUGGUCCCUCCGCCUCCUCUUCCGCGAAUGCUCCUCCUCUUCCUCCGCCCGCUCCUUCCGAUCCCUUGCCUGUUCCUCCCGCCUCGGGUGCCGUGGAUGACUCCGGCCGCCUGGAGAACGGGCAGAUUGUUCUCUUUCUUCGUCAACUUUUCGCGCGGAACGGCGUUGAGAUCCCCAACGUAACCGCUCCUCCUCACGAUGAAAGCGCUACCGGUCUUAGAGCCAGCGUCAAUGACAAACUUAGCCCUGCGGAAAAUCUCCCUGGGAAUGGUUGGAGAGAGCAAGAGGCGACGAAAUCUGUGAACAAGGACUGUGAUGUUCUAAAUGUAAAUGGUGUGGCUGUAGACUUAAUAGGGCUGGGAGCGAAGGAGGAAAUCUUCGAGGCAGAUAUGAUGAGGAUGACACAGGGUCUAGUGACAGAGGAGCAGUUCCUGGAUUUCCUUGGGGGAUUGGAAGGGCAGUGGGGUAGUCGGAGGAAGAGGCGGAGGAUUGUGGAUGCUGCUAAUUUUGGUGUUGCCUUGCCAAAGGGUUGGAAGCUCUUGCUUGGACUCAAGAGGAAAGAUGGAAAUGUGUGUCUGCACUGCCGGCGAUACAUAAGGUUAGUUUAUUGGUUUUCUCCAUUGACGUGAUGAGCUUGUCCUAUUUCUUUGUCUAUGGUAUUCUGGAAUAUGAAUCGUUGUGAACAACUAUGAACAGAAACAUAUGACUUCAAGAAGACGAAUCUAUUGGUGAGGACUUAAAAAGAUAAGUGGUUAAUCAAAUGAAAAGGCUCAGUGGACUCCAACCAAAUCCCCAUCACUGCGGCCUUGCUGCUUUUAGAAGUCACAUUUUUCUGAAUGGGUCGCUCUAGUAUGUUGGACAAGGGAAACCCUGUCCUGCAAUCUGAUUUGCUUUCCCAGUCAACUGUUAUGUGUCCUUUUGUUUCCAGUUGUUUGGAGGAAAUCUUUCUCUGAAAUAAUUAUUGAAACUAUUCCUUUUUCAAUGCGAAGAAUAUUAAUUACGAUGUUAGAUAAACUUAGAAGCCUAUCGGCUUUAGACAAUAUUCAUACCAAAUAAAUUAAUGAAAUACUAGAAGGGGAAAUGAAAGAAGAUAAUGUUCUGCAUAUUAUUGUUAAAGAAUAGGAUAGUGUUCCAACCAGAUGAAGAGCAUUUUUAAAGAAUGUUGCAAAACACCGAUAAUUGAACGUUAGACUUGACGUAAUUAUACAAUCCUUAGGGGUACUUGUAGCAUCUAACAAAUGAGACUGUGAAUAAACACAUAAUUAGACAUAUUUCAAGAGAUUGCUUAGUGUUCAACAUGCUUGGAUUAAGCCUAUUUGCAAAGAUGUCUGGAUUAAGCCUAGUCGCCCUUUGUUGUUGACCAUCCUGUUGGGAAACUUAUUGAUGAAGCUAAAUGUUUGGGUACUAUGAUCAGGCUAUAUCUUUCCUCAUCAAAAUUUAUAUAAAGGGAAAGGAUGUCAAAACAUGUCAUGCCAAAUAGGUUAUUGGAAGUUUGCAAAAACUCAUAUUUUGAAAGGUAGUAUGAUUUUACCUCUUCAUUUGAGCUCAAUAACCUAAUUUGAUGAGCCUUAAAGUUUUUUUUUCGAAAUUGAGGAACUAAUCAAUCAACAAAAGAACAAUUAGUUUGACUAUCUUAACAAAUAAUAUCUUGAUGGAAGCCAUAAAAAUUCUCUUCGUCCUUUUUCAUGGAAAUCAAUAUUGGUCUUAGUAAAGUGGACUCUUAGUGUACGUCAUGGAGUUACUUUUGAGAACUAUUGUCUCAAGGAUAGCAAGAAGCAUUCGAUUGUGUUUCAUGAGUAGGAAUGCUCUUUUUAAAAUAUAUUCUGCGUUUAGGGAAGAUUAAAUCCUUGAGAAAGGGCUGAUGUGUCCUGUCCUUGACAUGUUCUCACUCACACAUCAUCACUUAUCUUGACAAAUCCGCAGAAAAAAGAGACCUUUAUUACGUGGCCUUAAAAAAUGCACAUAUGCUCUCAUUAUAUACUGCCAACUGUAUCAUGUAACAGUUGGUAAAACAAGGAUGAAAAGAUGAAAGAUAAAACAUAACUGAACCUCCUAGAGAGGAUCUUUGGUGGAUUGUAACUACUUUAGGAACCUGAUAUGCACAUAUCAUAAGACGUCACUCACUUCUGCUCUCCCUUUCAAGUUUCUGAUAGAAGCUCUUGCAUUCAACUUGAUUAAUGCUUAUGUCACUAAACAGGGACAAACAGCCAGAAAAAAAAUCUCUUCUUCUCAAAUCACAGAAUAAUUGCUAGUUAUAUAUAAUUAUCUUGACCAGAAAAAAGGGAAGUAUCUAGGUUAAGGAAAUUGACCAAAGGAAACUAACCAACCAAAACUAACUCUUAAUUUCACAUUUAUUCCACAUUUCAUCUAUAGCUAGUGAGUAGUCAUUCCCCAUUCCCAGCUUAGAUAUAGUUCUUUGAAAUAUUGAACUACUUAAAUCCUUAGUACAACUAUAAGUUGUCCAUGUAGACGUGUAAGGUACAAAUAAGUCUGAUUUCCAACUUUUCCUUGAUGUGUUUUGCUCGUCUUGUUGUCAUAAUAGGGUCUCAUUGGGCCGUCCCACUUAAUCUUCAAGUCUUCUGGGAUAAUCUUCAAACAAAGUAGUUUACACAGACCCUGAGCCAUUGCUCAGAAUUUAGCCUUACUUGACUGUGCUACCACAUUCUAUUUCUUAUUUCUCCAUGUCACGAGAUUGUAAUGAAAAAAGGUGCAGUAUCCAGUGGUUGAUCUCCUUCCAACACUAACCUUGUAUAAUUAAUAACUGUGUAUGCCUCAAGUACCAAACCUCCAUUUCUUUUGAAUAGAAUACUUUUUCAUGGUGUCCUUUGAGACAUUGCAACACUUGGUGAGCUGCAUGUAGGACUUCUUUUGGACGGUGCAUGAAUAGGGUAAUCACAUUCAUUGUGGAUGUUGUAUCUAGUUGUGCUUGAGACAGAUAAAUGAGCCUUCCUGUCAAGUGCUGAUGCACUUUCUUAUCUACUAUAGCAUCUUACUCUGCCUUUCCAAGUCUAAUAUUCAAAUCUAUUGGAUUAUUUCCUGGUCUGCAUGCAUUCUUACUUGUUUCUCUAAGAAGAUGAAAAAAAUCGCCUUACUUCAAUCUCAAGAAAAUAUUUCACUCCUCUAAAACAAUGGCUCAAAUAAUAUUUCUCUUUAUCCUCAUUCUUGGUCACUCUUAUCAACAUAUACCAAGAGUGAUGUGACUCUCUUUGAUGAUGAGUGUUUAAUAAAUAGUCUAUGAUUUUCUAAGAUUUGUCUAUAUCCCAUAGGAAUCAUAAUUCUCAAAAAUUUGGCUAACUAUACUUGCGGUGAUUGCUAAGUCCAUACAAGGUUUUCUUCAAUUUACACACCGUAUGUCCCUCCAAAUUAUUCUUAUAAUCUGGUAAGAUUUCCAUAUCAAUUUCUUUCUCUUGUUCACGAUUUAAAAAUAUAUUUAUCACAUCAAAGUAUUAUAAUUUCCUACCAUAAUAGUUGUUAAUGAUAACAAGAUUCUAAUAUUAUUCAUCUUUGCGACUGGAACAAACAUUUCUAAGUAAUCAAUCUCAUAGGUUUAAGUAUAGCCUCUGGUAACCAACUUAGCCUUAUAUUUCUUUAGAUUUUUAUACUUCGUAAUCAAUCUUCAGUGUAUAGAUCCUUUACAGUCCAAGUGUCUCUUUCCUAUUGACAGUCUUAUUAUUUCCCAACUUUUGUUCUUCUCUAAUGCUUCCACCUCCAAAUUCAUUACUUAUUUCUAUUUCUUCUUAGGGAUUGUAAUAGUGUUUAAGCUAACUAGGAAGGCUCUAUAAGAUGGCGAAAAUAUUUGAAGGACAAGAACCCUUCCUAGCUAUUCAGAAAGGGUAAGAGGAUAUAAAGGUCGUUUUGUUCAUUCUCUAGUUCCCUUCCUAGCUAUUAUUACUCAUGAGAUUUAGUAUCAGCUUGUAAUUAAAUCUCAUGAUCUAAGUUGUAUUCUUGGGCCUACAUAGAUUCUGAAACAACUAUCUCCUCUUUUGAGAACACCUUCCCUUUUGCUAAAUCUUACAUUUUCAAGGGCAAAGUUAGAAUUAUCUUGAGGGUUUUCUAGAGUUUGAAAUUCAAGAUUUGGCUUGAAGUCAGAUACAAGUUUAGAUAGAGGAAUAGUGGAAGACAUUAGAAGUGGUGGUGGAUAAAAUUUCCCAUCCUUAUCUUCAAUGAUUGAAUACUUCCCUUGAAGAAACAGUGUGAUGAAAGUGACAUGUACUGAGACAUUUUACUUUUUGUUGAACAUUGAUAACACUUAUACCCUUUCUGAAUUUAGAAUAGUCCACAAAGAGAUAUUUUAAUACCCUUGGAUCUAAUUCCCCCUCCCCCCCUUUGUUGACCGUAAACCUAAACGAAUGAUACACAUCCAAAUACCCUAGGGACAAGAUUAUUAGUAGUGUGUAGGUUUGGAUAGAAUAAGGACAAUGUUUCUAUUGGAUUCUUGAAUCCUAAGACUCUAGAAGGCAAAAAAUUUAUGAGAUGAGUGACCUGACCUAAACCUUUUGACUUUGACCCCUAACUGAUUCUUAGUCAUGGAACAAAAAAUUGAUAAAAAGGUACUAGAAUCAGAUUUAUUUUUCAGAAAAAAAAUUAUACUAACAAGAGUACAAUCAUCAAUUAAUGACAUAAACCAUCUAGUCCUAUAAACAUAAGGAACUAUAGAGAGGCCCCGUACAUCAUUAUGAAUCAGUUAGAAAUGAAUAUAACUUAUUGUUUUACUGACUAGAAAUGAUAAACAUUUGUGUUUAGCAAAUUCACACACGCUGCAAUGAAAAUCUUCAACACAUGCCUUGAAAUAAAGGAACAAACAUAAUGCUAAUAACCCUAAAUCAUGGUAUCCAAGUUAGCAAUGGUGAAGCCAAACACCUUUCUUAUGAAAUGAAGAAGGCUUAAAAGAAUGAAAUAAUUUUUCCUUUGCACGAUUUGACUGGCUCAGUGCUUCGACGUAAUAGAAUCCAACCCAUUCUCCACAUGCCCAAUCAUCCUCCUUGAAUUCUUGUUAUAAAGGGCACAAUGAUGAUGUUGAAUAACUACUUUGCAGUGCAAAUCUUGAGUAAGCUUUUGGAUAGACUUUAAGUUUGUGGACAAUCUAGGGAAAUGAAGAACAAUUUUAAAAGUCACUGAAGGAUUUGUUUUAACAUUUCCUGCACCUUCUACAAUGGUCAAAAAAUACCAGCUGUGGCCAUUUUCCUACUAUUUGGACAAGGAGUAUGUGGAAAAGACGUGGUGAAUGAAUAAUAUGUUUGGUAGCAUUUGGAUCCAUUAUCAAGGAGUUAGUAAGGGUCACACUGAAGACAUUGAAUAUAAUAGAGGAUGAAUACGAACUUAAAUAUGCCAAUGAUUAGGAAUCUGUUACUUUGUCAGGAUUGCCAAUGAAUGAUCUCAGCCUCUUGAACUCUUCCUGGUUGAGACCACCUAACUCCUUUGGUACUGCUUCAUUCUGCUAUAUUGUCAUGACAUGAUCUUGAGCAUUGUUCCUUGGCUGCUCUCUUUUCUGUCCCUUUCCUUGACUCAGAGGUUUUCCAUGGAGCUUCUAGCACCAUUCAUGAUUAUGAUGGGGCUUCAUAGGCUGUCCUUAUGGUCACUCUUAGCAACUAAUGCUCUCUCCACAUCUGUGGUUGAAUUAUUGCCACGUCUAGCCACCAUAGCUGAGUUGUACAUGCUUUGUGGUUCAAGCAUCAAGCCUCUUCUGCAUUCCCUCUCCUUGAAUCAGUGUCACUACAUUAUUAAAGCAUGGGCCUUCUGCUUGCAGAGAAUUUGAAUUCUCACAUGAUCAAAUUCUGGAUUAAGCAGCACAAGAAAAUCAUUAACUCUGUCUUGCUCAAGGAAAUCCUUAAGAAUAGCUGCAUCCUCGGGACAUUUGGUUUUAAACACCCUAUCAUGGUCAAGUUCUUGCCACAACGCUUUCAACUGGUUAACAUAUUGCACAACUGUUUUACUUCCCUGUUUUGCAGCAAUUUUCUUCCCCUCAAGGUCAUAUACUUGAGCCGCAUCUCUAUCUUUGGAAUAAGUCUGUUGGAGUGCAUCCCAGAUAUCCUUGGUUUUUAGCAAAUAACAUGAUAUGUCACUAAUCUCAGGUGUCAUAGAAUUCCAUUACCACACCAUAACCAUUUCAUCUUCCUCAUCCCAUGCCUCAAACUGAGGAUCCUCUUGUUUUGGCCCUGUAUCUGUGAGAUGGCUGAUCUUCCCUUUCCCUUUCAGCACAAUGCAAACAGGUAAUUUUUUCCAUCCAAUCUGUUUGUAGCCUACCUAAAUACUCUGCAACUCCCCAGGUUAUCAAAACCAUGCAAAUUCCUCUGAUUUUGUUGUAGUGAUUAUCUCUCCUACUCUGACAUCUCUAAGGUGUGGGACAGUAUGGACAGCUGUCCGAAAUCUGCAGAAAAAACUGCCAACUACAGUAGCAAAAGGAUUGUUGAUGUUUAAGGCUGAGAGAAUUGACAAUGAAGAUUGAUAAUCAGGAGAGGUUCUUAACAAUUAAGGGUGAUCUGUAUAGCCACAAUGAAACCACAGAAAAAAAAUUCCCAAGUUUACUAGCCUAAGGCUCUGAUACCAUGAUGCAAACCAUGUGAGGAUAAACAAUCAGGAAAAUCUUUUCUUCUUCUCAAAUUAUAUAACAAUUGCUAGUUAUAUACAAUUACCUAGGCCACCAAAACAGAAACUAACUAGGUUAAGGAAAUUGACCAACUAGGAAAUUAAUAAACCAGGAAACUGACAAACUGGGUAACUGACCAGCAGAAACUCAUUUUAGGACAAUUUUUUUCGUUUAGGAUUUCAAUCCCCUUGACUGAACAUGUGAGAUAGUUCCUCUUAGUCCAAUCUUUCCUUGAUGAACUAUUGGUCAAUCUCAAUGUUGCAAAAAGUUUUCAGAGGUAUUCUUGGGACAUUUGUUGUUACAAUAUACCUUUAUCAAGAGAUCAACCUUUGCAGUAAUGACUGGGACUAAAAAUUCAACCACAACAACUUAUUUAUCAAAUUUGCCACAAUAUUGCACUCAUUCCUUGGAACAAAACCUAGUGCACCUACUUUACUUGCUUUCAUCUUUAAGAGACAAAGUUGCCUCUGAAAUGGAGUUGACCUUCUGUUUUCAUUAAAAUAUUUUCAAUCUAUAUUUCCAUAACCCUAAGUGUUAGCAGCUGUUUGACAUUGAAAAUAACGGGCUGUUUCCUGAUGAAGACUUGACAUACUUGAUAAGUCUGGCCAUGGCAUCCAUGUAAGAAGUCUUGGGAGGCUUGCUUCAGCUAGCUGAAUAAAGUUACUAUGGGUCACCUAAGAGAUAGUGAACAUUUGAGAAGGCAUUUGUCCUCUAUAGGGUUUUCACUAAUUUAGUGGUCCAGUUUCAUCAGUAAAUGUAGAUACCCUUACUAGAUGGAGUCCCCUCCAUGCUCAAGAAGAUUUUAGAUGAUUAGCAUGUUAUGCCCAAUUGUUUAGCAAUAUCUUUAAAUAGUUAUGCCUCCACCUUUUUAUCCCUGGUGAGCACUAUGUCAUUUACAUAUAAAUAUCUCUUGUGGCAUGUUUUUUAGUGAUGUAGUUUUUCUUUUAGGAUAUAACUGCAAAAACAAUCAAUCCUUGAGGCUUCUCAUCUAGAAACCAUCAAUGGGAAAAUAGAGAACUUUCUGUAGCAUAUAAUGAAUAUCCCUGUAAAUUUCUGACCCAUAUGAAUGAGAUGAUAAAAUGUGAGAAAACCUAUACCAAGAAUUAGUUUCAUAGGAAUGGAUGUGCUAGUUCGUGUAAGAAUGGUUAUAAGCGAAUUUCAAGCGAGUAUCAGAUAGAAUUGUUCACGUCCAAGAGAAUUUCAACAAUGUUUGUAAUGAAUAUAUAGAGAAGCAUGGGUUUUUGGAAGGUAGCUCUUGAAAUAGUGUAUAAAUGCAGAAAUCCUCGAAGAUUGACUUUUAUGAUAUGGGUCGAGGGUUUAAGGUGGAACAUAAGGAAAUUCAUAUUUUUAUUUCCACUUGUUUGAGAGGAAAUCGUAAAAAUGGAUAACUUCAAUUGUUCUCAUCUAAGAGUGUUCUGUGUGUAUGCACAGAUAUACGUACAGAGAGAUAGAGAAGAGAAAGAGGUUUAUAUAUGUACAUGCAUGUGUACAUAUAUAAGUAUAUGCUCGGGCUAGCUGUUACCUUUAUAUUUCAAUUAAUAAUAAUAAAUCUCAUGUAUUGUUUCAUUUUAUCAUUUUUUUCAAAGAAGUCAUCGUUGUUUUUCUGCUCCUGUUUUAUUUAGAUAAAUAGUUCUCUAUUUGCUUAUUUUAUUUUUUAUCUGGGUAAUUUUUUAUCUGGUGAAAUUAAUACGAUCAUAAACAUAACUAAUAGAUAAAGUAUUUGAAAAUGACUCUUUUGAGUAAUACAAUAUUCGGUAAUUUCGUUUCUUGUGUUCAUCACACAAUUGCUGAGAAUGAUUUGCUUUUCCAAUUUAAAUUAUUCAGUCCAAGUGGAAAGCAGUUAACAUCAUGCAAGGAAGUUUCCUCUUAUUUACUCUCUUGCAUUGGAUCCCGAGAGGCCAGAGCUACACUUGCUGUUGAAAGUGGUGCUGACAAAUCAGGAAAUGAACAUGUAAGAUUUUUGUAGAAUUUCCUUGUAUUUCAUCGAAUUUGUUGGUACUAGUCCUCUUCGUUUUAUUACAGGCUCUAGGUUUUAGUCAUCAAGCAACUAUGGCAACAAGAAGUCCACAUUACCCUUCAAUCACACCGCCAACUUCUAUUCUAUCUGAUGCUGGGAAGCAAACUGUUUUAUUUGCAGUUGGGAAUCCCGUAAAAAUAGAAUCUCAAGAUAUUCUAAGUUGUGAGAAAUGCAAUCUCACUUUUUCUGACAAGGACUCCGAAAUACAGCACUUCUUGGCAUUUCAUAGGCCAAGUAGAAAGAGACAUAGACGUGGGAAAUCUGUUACGGAUGGUGUUAUCAUAAGGGAUGGGAAAUACGGGUGUCAAUUUUGUAAUAAGUUCUUUACUGAGAGACGACAGUACAAUGGACAUGUUGGAAUUCAUGUGAAAUACAAUGAUAGGAGUCUUUAUACAUUGAAAACUGAGACUCCUAUCGAGAAAACUAUUCCCUCUUCCUCAGAGGGGUUGCCUUCAGCAUUUGUUAAGCACGUAAGUUCUGUUGACUGUGAAGUGGAGACUAUGAUAAUUGAAGAAGAUUUAAAUGCAAGAUCUGUUCGUUUACUAAAUAAUUUUCACCCUCACGUUAGUGAGCAUGCUAAUGGUACUGCCAGUGACCAUUUAGUUGCGUAUCAAAAAAAUGAAAAUAAGGCAAUUACAGUACAUGACAUUCGUACGAUUGGAGUCAGUGGUGAAAUAGAUAAUCAUUUGGCACGGACUGAUAGCUUUGACGAUGAAAAAGAAAUGAAUUUGAAAUCUUCUGAUGAUGACAGAAGUUUUGUUCGAGAAGAAUGGAGUGGUAAAUGCAAGGCUGAAGCAAAUAAUAUUUCCCCUCAAAAAGGUCUGCAAAAUAAUUUGAAUAAAGUUGAUUAUGGUUCAGUGUUUAAUAUUGAAAUUCCUGAAAGCAGAUUUGUUGGUUGUUUGGCGAAUGACCAUUUUAUGACUGAUCAGGUACCUAGAAAACCCUCUGAAACUGGCGAAGUCCUGAAUGGUGAUCUGCGUCUAUGCUUUGAUUCUACCUGCCCAUCUCUUGGUGAUAUUGGAAUUCUCUCCACCAAAGAUCUUCCUAGAAAUCAUCUGUCUGAAAAUAUGACCAGUUGUAAAGUUGAGAAGCAGAGUAAGGUGAAGAUGACUUAUGGUAAUCGUCCAAUUAUUGUAUCCUCGGAAUUGACCGUAUGUUCUAAAUCCGGUAAUGAUCAUGUUGUGAAUAGUGAGAACAAGGUUCACCUUGAAAAUAAUGUGAAUUUUUCAUGUACUGAGGAGGGGAACUCAAGUAAGACUGUUCCUACCUGUAUGGCCAGUGGCCUUGCAGAGCUGGCUAAAUCUAGCAGUGAAUUAGCAAUUGCAGUGUCUAAUGGGACUGUUGCUGUGGACCAUAUUGUGCACGAUAAAAUUCAGCUCUCCAGAUCUACAGAGGAAGGAUUUCCCGAAAGUUUUACCUUGACCCCUGGCAGAAAAUGUGGGAAUGCGGAUACCCCUGGAAAAGAAUGUGUGCUUGCCAUGUUGAAUCAAUCUCGUGCUGUUGUGAAAGAUGGCUUUAUGAGAGAUGAUACUUUAGUCAAUGGAGAUGCCCCAAGGAAUAUUCAUGUUUGUGAUGAAGAGAACGUGAUGUGUAUUCAACAAGCUAACUUGCAGAUUCUAGGGGAACAAAGGUCUGUUCGUCCUCUCAUCCUGGAUAUGAUAUCUGAUAAGGUGUGGUGCCUAAACUUUCCUAAUUUUAUCCAUGGCUUGUUGUUGAAUUUUUCCUUCAUGAACGAUUGACGGAAGAAAUUAUCUAUUAUUUUGAUGAGAAAAGUGCGAGCUUCUUUUAAUGAAAUUGACAAGUUGUUGCUACUAGGAAAGCUAACUGCUCAAUAUUGUCGGUUAGCUUUAUAGAUUGAUUUAUGUUAUGUGCAGUGUGAUGGCAGCAAUUUGGGCGUUAGAUCCUGUUUCUGUAAUUUCUUUAUCAUUCUGAAGUGUUCGCCUCUAUUUUGGUUCAUGUUUUAUGGAGAAAUCACAAAAGUUCUUAUUCUUUAGCUUUCUUUUAUAUGCGGCUUACUUUUUCAAGCUGA